AUGAUUAAGGACUUGUGCUUUGAUGGAAGACACAAAAGGGAUCCUCAUGAGCACCUUGACAAGUUUGAGAUGAUUUGCAAUCUAUUUAACUAUGGGGAAAAUCAAGGAGACAAUGUCAAGAUGAAGCUUCUUCCAAUGUCUCUUACGGGAGAGGCUCAUAAAUGCUUGAAGGGUUUAGCACCAGAUAGCUUGAUCACUGGGAGCGCGGUUAGGGAAGCUUUAAUAGAGAGAUUCUUUGCGGUUAAUUGGGAAAGAGAACUUAGGCUUGUCAUUCGUUCUUUUAGGCAAGAUGAGGAGGAGACAAUAGUUGAAGCUUGGUUAAGAAUGAAAGAUCUUAUGUGGGCAUGUCCCGGGCAUGGGGUGAGUGAUACCGAGAUUGUGGGGAUAUUCUUAGAUGGGAUGAAUAAGGAAAAUUAUGAGAAAAUGGUGAUGACUUGUGGAGGUAGCACUAGUUACAAAACUUCAAGUGAUCUUUGGAAAAUGUUCAAGGAUAUGGCAAAGGCUCAAGUCUCUAGGUCUCCAAGUAGAGAUAAAAGGUCAUGUAGGGUAGUUGCUAGAGUUGAUGAUGGAGGAAGUUCUGAGGUGAUUUCUGAAAUUCGGGUACUUUCAAACCGAAUGAAUGAAAGGUUCCCUAUGGUGGAGAACAAUUUUGGGGGAUUAGAGCAUGAUGUGAAGAUUAUGGCCGGGGGAUGUGUUCAUUGUGGAGGACCACACCAUGCCGAUGAAUAUGAUUCGGUAGUUAAUGAAGAUGUGAAUUUUGUUCAAAACCAACGCCAAGGCCAAUAUCAACCUCUCUUCCAACGUGGUGGCAAUUAUCAAGGCCGUCACCAAGGUAGUUCUUCAAACUCUUCUAAUUUUUAUUCUAACAAUCGUGGUGGAAACUUUCAAAAUAGGUGGCAAAAGGAUGAUAAUCGUGGUGCACCUCAACAACAACAACCACCAUCACCUCCAAAGAAAGAUAACAAUGGGGAGGAAGGAUCACCUCUCAUGGCCGUGAUGGCCAAGUUCCUUGAUAAACAAGAAAAGAGGGAGGAGGCUCAAGAGAAGCGAAAUGCUUCAUUGGAGAACUAUUCAAAGCUUUUGAAUGAUAAGAUUGAAGGCUUGCAUGGCAAGAUAGAUGUGAGCAAUCACAACAAUCACGCCUUGAUAUCCAACUUGGAAAAGAGAAUUGAUAGAUUGAGCAACCAACAAAGGCAACCGGGUACUCUUCCAAGCAAUACUCAACAAAACCCGAGCCAAGGCCAAGGAGGUUCAUGGAGGAAUGGAGAUGACAAGUACAAAGGACCCCAACACCGGAAUGAAACCGUAAAUGCCAUAUCUACACGGUCCGGGAAGGUAGUUUCUUCUCCCAUUGAUAAAUCUUGUGUUUCUAUUGUUUCUCCACAGGUUGAGCAAUUUGAUGAAGAUGUUGAUGAAGAGGUAGAGAUGGAGUCACCGCCGGUGGUGACUACUCCGGUUCCUAAAGCCACACCAAUCAAGGAACCCAAAGUCAAACCAUACAAGCCCAAGGUCCCUUUUCCUCAACGCUUGAGGAAGGAAAAGAUUCAAGAACAAUACAACAAGUUCUUUGACAUGAUAAAGUCGGUAACAAUCAAUGUCCCACUAGUUGAUCUUAUUUCGGGCAUGCCAAAUUAUGCCGAGUUCAUCAAAGAACUAGUGACGGACAAGAAGAAACUUGAUGAAGCAAAGGCAACCAUUCUAAAUGAAGAAUGUUCGACGGUCAUCAAAAACAAGCUUCCACCUAAGCUUUCGGAUCUAGAGAGUUUCUUAAUUGCUUGUUCAUUUGGUAAAAAAUUAACUUGUAAAGCAUUAGCCAACCUUGGGGCAAGCAUCAAUUUGAUGCCCAAUUCCGUUUUUACCAUGCUUUCUUUGGGGCAACUAAGGCCCACCAAAAUGAGCAUCCGCCUUGCGGAUCACUCUUUUCAAUACCCAUUGGGGGUGGCCGAAAACUUACAAGUGCAAGUAGGCCAAUUUGUCCUUUUAGUUGAUUUUGUAAUUUUGGAAAUGGAGGAGGACACCAAGGUGCCUCUCAUUUUGGGCCGACCAUUUUUAUAUAUCGCGGAUGCUAUCAUUCAAGUAAAGGACAAGGAAAUUUCCUUGGGUGUCGGGGAAGAUCGUAUUGUGUUUAAAAUUGAAAAAGCUUUGAAGAUUUUGGCACUUAGCAUGGAUGACACCCCAUUGGAAGAUGAGGGAUUUGAAGAAAUUGAGGUAAUUCCAAGUGACAAGCUACCCACUUCCAUUGAUAAUCCUCCAACGGAUUUAGAACUAAAGUCAUUGCCCGAUCACUUGGAGUAUGCAUUCUUGGAAGGUACUUCUCUACUUCCCAUUGUUAUCUCCUCAUCACUUGCGGGUGAGGCAAAGGCUAGACUCAUGACCAUUUCUUACACACAAAUGUAA